AUGUUUGGGUCCUUCGAUGGAGACAUAAAGAAUUUUGAUGGAAACUGGCUUUGGCAAACCAACCCCAUCAGAAGUAGUCAUUUAUCCCUGCAAACAAAAAAGGUUUUGGAUUUUUCUCCUCAAAAUCUUGGCCUUUUCUCUUUCAGAUCGAAGAUCCCCACUUUUCAGGCCAAAAGCACACGUGGGUGUAUUCUAUUUUUGGCUAAAGUUUCAUCAACUUCUUCAUGGUUCUUCUCCAUUUUCCUUCGCAAGGAGUUGUUGAUCCCAAGUGGUGGAGCUGCUGCUUUUGUCUUGAAUAGUAAGAUGGCUGGAGAUAUCAAGGAGGGGAGAGCCUUGGCAAAAGAGUAUUCUUUUAUUUUACUGAUAUUGACUUUACUUCUUUGUAGCACUGAGGGGUUGAACACUGAGGGAAAAAUCUUGCUAGAGCUUAAGAAUGGACUUCAUGACAAAUCUAAUGUUUUGGAAAAUUGGAAGCCUACUGAUGAAACCCCAUGUGGAUGGAAAGGUGUAAAUUGCACUCAGGAUAAUGAUAACAACCCAGUGGUUGCGUCUCUUAAUUUGAGUUCAAUGGAUCUUUCUGGAACUCUAAAUGCUGCUGGCAUUGGGGGUCUGACCCAUCUAACUUAUCUUAAUCUUGCCUACAAUGAGUUGACUGGAAAUAUCCCGAAGGAGAUUGGUGAGAUCUUGAAUUUGGAAUAUCUUUAUAUGAACAAUAAUCAGUUUGAGGGGACAAUUCCUGCUGAACUGGGUAAGCUGUCUGUUUUGAAAGGUUUGAAUAUUUACAACAACAAACUCUCUGGUGUGAUUCCAGAUGAGAUUGGGAACUUGUCUUCGUUGGAGGAGCUAGUGGCGUAUAGCAACUUUCUUGUGGGACCCCUGCCUAAUUCCAUUGGAAAUCUUAAGAAUCUCGUGAAUUUCAGAGCUGGGGCAAAUAACAUUACUGGUAAUUUGCCAAAAGAAAUUGGUCGAUGUAAGAGAUUAAUGCGUCUCGGGCUUGCACAAAAUCAGAUAGGAGGGGAAAUACCAAGUGAGAUUGGGAUGCUUGCCAACCUGAAAGAAUUGGUUUUGUGGGGAAACCAGUUAUCAGGACCUCUUCCUAAAGAGAUUGGGAAUUGUAGCAGUCUUGAGAACGUUGCUAUAUAUGGGAAUUAUCUUAUUGGACCUUUACCCAAGGAAAUUGGGAACCUCAAAUCCUUGAGGUGGCUGUAUGCUUACAGAAACAAGUUGAAUGGAACCAUUCCAAGGGAAAUUGGAAAUCUUACUUCAUGUUUAGACAUUGAUUUCUCAGAGAACUCUUUAGUAGGUAGUAUCCCUUCAGAUUUUGGCAAAAUAAAUGGUCUAAGUUUGCUUUUUCUCUUUGAGAACCAUCUAACUGGUGUUAUACCAAAUGAGUUUAGCAACUUGAAGAACCUGUCAAAGCUGGACCUGUCAAUAAAUAAUCUCACAGGUCCAAUUCCAUUUGGCUUCCAAUAUUUUCCUAAAAUGAACCAGUUGCAACUUUUUGACAACUCUCUGAGUGGGAUUAUUCCUGAGGGACUUGGGUUUCAUAGUCCUCUUUGGGUGGUUGAUUUUUCUGACAACAACUUGACCGGACGAAUACCUCCUCAUCUAUGCCGAAAUUCCCACUUGAUGUUGUUGAAUCUUGCUUCUAAUCAGCUUUAUGGAAAUAUACCAACAGGUAUACUAAACUGUGAAUCAUUGGAACAGUUGUUCAUACUUGGAAACAGGCUUACUGGAAGCUUCCCUUUAGAAUUGUGUAAGCUGAUGAACAUGACUGCCAUUGAUUUGAGUGAAAACAGGUUUAGUGGUACACUCCCUGCUGAUAUUGGGAACUGCCGCAUAUUGCAAAGGCUUCAUAUUGCCAACAAUUACUUCACAUUGGAGUUGCCUAAGGAAAUAGGUACUCUCUCUCAAUUGGUGACAUUUAAUGUUUCGUCAAAUCUUUUCACUGGAAGUAUCCCACCCGAAAUUUUCUCAUGUCAAAGGCUACAGCGGCUUGAUCUCAGCCAGAAUAACUUUUCUGGUUCCUUGCCGGAUGAGAUUGGAACACUUCAGCACUUGGAGAUUCUCAAGCUCUCAGACAAUAAGCUGUCUGGAUAUAUCCCUGCGUCAUUAGGCAAUCUGUCUCAUUUGAACUGGUUGUUGAUGGAUGGAAACUACUUUUUUGGCGAAAUACCUCCUCAUUUAGGUUCUCUUUCAAGCUUGCAAAUUGCAAUGGAUCUCAGUUACAAUAACCUUUCCGGAAGAAUACCGGUUCAGCUUGGCAAUCUCAACAUGCUUGAAUAUCUCUAUCUCAAUAACAACGAUUUGGAUGGUGAAAUUCCCAGCACAUUUGAAGAGCUUUCAAGCUUGUUGGGGUGCAAUUUCUCAUACAAUAACCUGUCUGGACCUAUUCCAUCCACUAAAAUUUUCCAAAGCAUGGCUGUAAGCAGCUAUAUUGGUGGUAACAAUGGCCUCUGUGGUGCACCUCUUGGUGACUGCAGCACCACUUCGGAUUCUCACUCUGAUAAUUCAGGGAAAAGUUUUGAUUCUACUCGCGCUAAAAUAGUCAUGAUAAUUGCAGCUUCUGUUGGAGGUGUUUCACUCAUUUUCAUUUCAGUUAUUUUAUAUUUUUUGAAACGUCCUCGGAAGUUAAUGGAUUCCUUUGGAGGUGCCGAGGCUCCCUCCCCUGAUUCAGAUAUCUAUUUCCCUCCAAAGGAAGGUUUCACAUUCCAUGAUCUAGUUGAAGCUACAAAAAGAUUUCAUGAAAGCUAUGUUAUUGGUAAGGGAGCAUGUGGAACCGUUUAUAAGGCAGUGAUGAAAUCUGGUAAGACCAUUGCUGUUAAGAAGUUAGCAUCAAACAGGGAAGGGAACAACAUUGAGAAUAGCUUCAGAGCUGAAAUAUCAACUCUGGGAAGGAUAAGGCAUCGGAACAUAGUGAAACUGUAUGGCUUUUGCUACCAACAGGGUUUCAAUCUCCUGCUAUAUGAGUACAUGGAAAGAGGUAGCUUAGGUGAACUAUUGCAUGGUUCUGUAUCUAGUUUGGAGUGGUCAACUCGGUUCAUGAUUGCUCUUGGAGCUGCUGAGGGUCUUGCCUACUUGCAUCACGACUGCAAACCAAAGAUUAUCCACCGCGAUAUAAAAUCUAACAACAUUCUUCUGGAUGAAAAUUUUGAGGCUCAUGUUGGAGAUUUUGGUUUGGCAAAAGUGAUUGACAUGCCCCAGUCAAAAUCAAUGUCUGCUGUUGCUGGAUCUUAUGGCUAUAUUGCUCCUGAAUAUGCAUAUACCAUGAAGGUCACUGAAAAGUGUGACAUCUACAGUUAUGGUGUUGUGCUCUUGGAAUUGCUCACUGGAAGAACACCAGUUCAACCACUAGAGCAAGGAGGAGAUCUUGUCACAUGGGUGAGAAACCAUAUCCGGGAACACAACAAUUCGUUGACACCGGAGAUACUCGAUACUCGUGUAGAUCUUGAAGACCAAAUCACGGUGAAUCACAUGCUCACUGUUUUGAAACUUGCUUUAGCAUGCACAAGUGUGUCUCCUACAAAGAGGCCAUCAAUGAGGGAAGUUGUGAGGAUGCUUAUUGAGUCCAACGAGAAAGAAGGAAACUUGACACUCACUCAAACAUACCAUGAUCUUCCUACCAAAGAUGGCUUGUGA